AUGAAGGCAAUGAACGUUACCGGAGCAAAAAUUUGUGAGGAAUUACCUCAUCCAGAAACUCGAGAUAUUGUAUUACCAAACCAGUCGGACUAUGUUUCUCAUAUUGCGGUUGAUAUCGGCGGUUCCUUGGCAAAAGUAGUCUAUUUUUCAAGAAAACCAACAUCUUCGAUAGGGGGUAGGUUAAAUUUUACUAAAUUUGAAACAGAUAAGAUAGAUGAAUGUAUUGAAUUUAUCAAAAACCUUGUGGCUGCGAGGAGGGACCCGAAUGUACGAGAGUUUCAAGACAAGAUAAUUAUAAAAGCAACCGGUGGCGGAUCAUACAAGUAUUACGACAAGUUUACCAAAAAAAUAAAAGGCGUUAAGAUGGAAAAGGAAGACGAAAUGGAAUGCCUUAUAACAGCCGAGAUUCCAUAUGAAGUAUUUACGUAUAGUGAGCAUAAUACUAUGCACUUUGAGUACACUUCCCCCGCACCAUCCAGCAUGUUUCCUUACAUGUUGGUUAAUAUUGGUUCUGGU